AGUAUUCGGACGAUGUUCACUGUUAUUACCGUUUCGUCUCUUUCAUAGAUGUCAUUUCGAAAAAUGAAAACACUCUAACCUCAAACAUUUGACAGAUAUCAAUGAUUUACCUUGCACCAACGUUAUUUGUUUUUCUAUACACUACUCACUUUUUUUUAUUAUAUAUUUAUGACGAUUUUAAAUAUGGUUAUCUGAUAGAUAAUCGAAAUAUAUUGACACUGAUACACAUAAAAAAACGAUAGAAUCUUGUUGGUGUAAAGUGUAGAAAAAAAAAGUCACACAACGAGACAGAUAAGAAGAAUAUAUUUGGUAUUUAAAAUAAAAAAAAAGAACGUCGAAAUAGUUUUGCGAAAUGCCUAAGCUAGAAGUACUUCAAGUGUUGGUUGGACAUAAAGGCCGUGUAUGGGGUGCUACAUGGAAUCCAUUGAACACAGCGAUAGCAACAUGUGGCGAAGACAAAACCAUACGCAUUUGGUCACAAGAUAGCAAUAACAAAUGGGUAACAAAAACAAUACUUUCGGAUGGUCAUACACGAACGAUACGUAGUGUAUCUUGGUCAUGGAAUGGUAAUUUAUUGGCGUCAGCCAGUUUUGAUGCGACCACCGCCAUUUGGGAUAAGAAAACUGGCGAAUUCGAAUGCAGUGCCACAUUAGAAGGUCAUGAAAAUGAAGUGAAAAGUGUUGCAUGGUCACGAUCGGGUAAUUUAUUGGCCACAUGUAGUCGUGAUAAAUCGGUAUGGAUUUGGGAGGUGAUUGGUGACGAUGAAUUCGAAUGUGCCGCCGUUUUAAAUGCACACACACAAGAUGUUAAGAAAGUUGAUUGGCAUCCAGAAUUGGAUAUUUUAGCAUCGGCCAGUUAUGAUAAUACAAUUAAAUUGUACGUUGAAGAUCCAGCCGAUAAUGAUUGGACAUGUUUAGACACACUAAAUGGCCACACAUCGACCGUAUGGAGUAUAUCAUUUGAUAAAAGUGGUAAACGUUUAGCGUCUUGUAGUGAUGAUCGUACGGUACGCAUAUGGCAAGCAUACGAACCGGGAAAUGAAGAGGGAAUCGCCACACCAGAUAAAACAACCGUUUGGAAAUGUGUUUGCACUUUGUCCGGAUAUCAUACACGUAGCAUAUACGACAUUAGCUGGUGUAAAUUAACAGGUUUGAUUGCAACUGCAGGUGGAGACGAUAUGAUUAGGAUUUUCAAGGAAACAGACGAUUCGAAUAAAAACGAACCAAAUUUUGAAUUAGUUCUGGUUGGGCAUCGAGCACAUACACAAGAUGUCAAUACGGUUGCAUGGUGUCCACAUACAGCCGGCCUUUUACUCUCUACAAGUGAUGAUGGUGAAGUCAAAGUAUGGAAAUUCACCGAAUAGCUUCCACAAUGUUUAUGAAAUGUAAAUGCAAAUCGACUUAGGAAUUUUUGAAUGUAAAACCAUUUCUGUUAAUAAUAUUAGAAAUGAAUGAAUAAACAUAUUUUUAUGCAAUGCUAAA